GGUCACUGCGGUUCUUUCAAACUAGGUGCGACCUUGAGCGUUUUUAUGCCGAUGUUUGAUACUUUCUCGGUUGCAGUUGUAAAGUUAAAUACAUGGCUUGUUCUUAAAACUGAUGUAAAGUGAAUUAAUCCGGCUUUUUAUUUAUAAAUACAUAGGUAGUCUCGGGACUAAGGAUUGUGCCUUCUUGAAUCAUGAAAUAAUCGGUUAAUAGUGUAUGAGUUAAAGUUUAGCAUGUACCUUAAUCAUAGUCUCAUCUGGUAAUUUUAAAGCCCUUUGGAAUUCUUAUUAUCCUGAAAGAAUUGACUGCAGCUCUGUGACAUUUCACAGCCUUCGUAGAUAUUAGCCAAACGAUUAGGUAAAUAGUCAUUGUAUAUUAGGAAUAGCGAGGUUUUUAGGGUAACAGGUUGUGGUAACACACUCGUCAGAAUUCUGACUAGAGUACAGGACGAUUGCUCUCACCCUUUGCUUUCUACACAGCAGGUAGUCAUUUAGGAUGUUAUUCAAACUGAACUCUUUUAGUUUACUGGAGACGCGUGGACGAGAGACCUUAUUAAAUGUUAUUUAGACCACAUUUUCAACGCUGCAGGACUUAUUUUCACCUGCUCUUAAUACAUGUACACAAUGAAAUAUGUUGACCAGUUCGCUUAUUUUUGACAAAGGCAUCAGUGCUACCGAACUGGCUACUGAGGAAGUGUCGUAAAAGACACUGCACCUGCGUCUGAUACUCGACAGCAUGUGCAAUAUCUAUAUCAGCAAUAACUUGAUCAAUACUUUUGUUUAGCCUAACUUAUGUGAAACAAAAAUGUAUAUGUAUGUUGUCAUGCCGGUGGAGUUGUGUAUCUUAACUGAUUGAGGUGACUACAAUGUGCUGAGAAAGCCGAAUUACCUUCUUUGUUAACAAUAAGUGCACCAUGUUAGACAUUUCGGACAGCUUUACUAUACUUCAAUAGACUACUGUAUAUCCUGUCACAUUCGCCAUGUAGUCAUUGUCUAUUUUUUCUCGCUUCUGUUCUGUAUCGUUUAGACUAGUCAAUAACUGAAGCAAAAUACUUAUCGUCUAACCGUCUUAGAAUUCCCUGGAAUUUAGUUUUGGUGACCACAUUCCUCUAAAUUAAGAAGGAACUUGAUAAUAAUGAUUCAUUACAUACGUUUUCAUAUAGGGUGUAUAACUUAAGUCGAGAACUAAUAAUUAGUGUAGUACCCAAUAAGGAAAUAAGAGUAAAGGGUUGAGGGAGUUCCGAGAUUCGGAAAUUUUCGGUAACGGUUUUGCAGUCAAUAGAAAUGGUUUCAGCCAUUAAUCUAGACCCUUAUACUCUACAGUUUUAACUGAUAGUGUAAUAUUUCUGUCAAUGACAAAAUUUAGAUUGAAACUAGUCAAAAAUUUUAAACAUCAGCCUCCUCAUUAUUGGGUGCACAGUGGUGUAUUUACCUAUAAAUUUUGUUUCCAAGCAUUGCUCAUUAGUUUUGUCCUCUAAUUUUAGAUGAAUUAACUCCUAAAGACACCCGAAUUACCUGUCAACUGCAGUAUUUUAUGUUUCCAGUUCAGUGAAUUGCCAAUGCGAUUUUUCAAUUUAUUCACUAAAUUGCCUUUUGGAUUAAUAAAAAGACAGUUAUCAAAUAAAACCCAUAUUUGUAUCAUUGGUAGUGGACCGUCCGCAUUCUACACAGCUCAGACGUUACUAAAAAAUCAUGCUGGUGUUCACAUUGAUAUGUUUGAGAAACUCCCAGCUCCUUUUGGCUUAGUUCGUUAUGGAGUGGCUCCAGAUCAUCCUGAAGUCAAGAAUGUCAUAAAUACCUUUACAGAAGUUGCUAAGAAUCCACGAUUUUCUUUUUUGGGAAAUGUCCAUAUCGGAAGAGAUGUGAACCUAAAAGACUUACAGAUGUCUUAUGCAGCCAUUAUCUGGGCUUAUGGCGCUGCUGUCGACCGGCGUCUGAAUAUUCCCGGAGAGGAUAUUCCUGGUGUAUUAUCCGCUAAGGAUCUAGUGGGAUGGUAUAAUGGUGCACCUAACAAUGUCAAUUUUUCCCCGGAUCUUGACUGUGAAACAGUAGCCAUUGUGGGGAUGGGGAAUGUUGCCAUCGAUGUUGCACGUAUCCUUCUCUCUCCGGUUGACCGAUUAAAAUCUACAGAAAUACCGGAACCUGUUAUUAGUUGUUUAUCAAACAGUAGAGUACGGAAAGUAGUUUUGAUUGGUCGACGAGGCCCGCUGCAAGCAGCUUUUACACUUAAAGAAAUUCGUGAACUUUCAAAACUUUAUGCGUCCACGUGUCAGCCGAAAUAUGUCAUUAACUUUUUUCCAGAAGAUGUAUUUGCUAUGACUAUGGGAACAGAAGAUGAAAUUCAAAAAUUGCUGUCAGGACUUCCUCGUCCUCGACGUCGUUUGACUGAAUUUUUGUUGAAAUUACAUAAUUCUAAAGAUCAUGGUGUUAAUCAUCCUCAGAAUACGACGCAUUAUUGCGACCUACAGUUUCUGCGUUCUCCCAUAGAAAUUAUUUCUAACGGAAAUGAGUAUUCUGUUAAAAGUCGUUCUUUGGUUUCUCAUAUUAAAUUGGCACAAGUCAAAUUAGAGGGUGCUGUUAGUCCUCAACAGAAAGCUGUAGUGGAUAGUAGUUUGCCUGUUGAAUUAUUGCCAUGUGGUCUAGUUGUCCGUAGUAUUGGUUAUCGUGGCGUCCGUAUUGAUCCAGAUUUACCAUUCGACGAACAGCACGGAGUUAUUCAGUGCAAAGACAACAAUGGUCGUGUAGUCGAUCUACCUCAGGCUUCAUAUGAUUUUAUUGUGAGCCCAAUGUAUUGUGUUGGGUGGAUUAAACGGGGUCCUGUUGGUGUGAUUGUAGACACAGCUAUAGAUGCUCGUCAAACAGCUGAAACAAUCAUGAGUGAUUUGUCUGAAUUGGAAAGACAUAAACAUUCAGACAUACUGAACAAGGCUGGAUUCAGCAUAAUUCAACGUCGUCUCAAUGAAAAAAAUGUACGCCCUGUAACCUUUGAAGACUGGGAACGUGUCGAUGAAGUGGAAAAAUCUGCUGGUCACAUCCUUGGUAAACCCAGAGAAAAGUUAACUACAAUUCAAUCGAUGUUGAAAGCCGCUUUUGCUGAAGUCUCACAUAGUAAAUCCAGACGCUAGUUUGUCAGCUAAGACAUUCACUUGUCUUGUCCUACAGAAAGAGUCAUGACGAUGAAAAAACAGAAGUUCCCUUAUUUUAUAUACUUUCAAUCAUUUGCACACACACACACGAACUUUCUUCUUGUUUUCUCAAACUCAGGUAUAGAAAUUCCUAUUCUGUAUACACAUUAGUCAAGAAGACACUGCUCUAUUCAUUUGCUUUCUCUUUACUUCGAACAGAUUUUUGAUACUUGGAAUUUAGUUGAUACAAAGUUUAAAUAAACUGAUCACUGUAAACCACUUGUCAAUAAUUUUAAAAUAUGUUUAUAGAU